AUGUAUCGUGCAAUUCGAGCACGCCAAGGCCUUAGCUGGCCUAGAGACCUUUUACGAUCCUCACGAAGAUAUUACGUCACUGAUGUCGAAAUAGAAAAGGCGCGGCAAUAUUGUAUUGCGCAGUUGAGACAGUCUGACUAUGAUUCCUAUUUAAUUCGGAAUCUGCUGCCAAAGUCGCGGCAAGAUAUCUACGAUGCAUUACGAGCAUUCAAUCUUGAGUUGGUGCGACUCCCGGAGCUCGUCUCAAAUCCGACGAUCGGCCAAUUGCGAAUGCAGUUCUGGAGAGAUGCUGUGAACAAGACAUUCGCCGGCAACCCACCUAAAGAGCCUAUCAUGAUCCUACUAUACAAGGUCAUCAAGGAGCUUACUGAGAAAGGCGGCGCACCUAGUUCCAUCAAGUUUUGGCUCUUACGUGUGAUUAAUACUCGGGAGAAGUAUAUGGAUAAUCGGCCAUUCACCAGCUUAGCUUCGUUAGAGGAAUACGCAGAAAACACAUAUUCGACCCUUAUGUAUUCGAACCUGGCAGCACUCCCUAUUCAAUCCAUGCAUAUGGAUCACUUAGCCAGCCACAUCGGCAAGGCGUGCGGUAUAGUGGCCGUCCUUAGGGGCAUACCGGUCUUGGCAGCGCCUUCGCCUCCCGUGAAGUCGCCUGAGGGAGCUAGCGUGGGUAGCGGUAGGAAUCCCGUCUUAUUAUUACCACUGGACGUGAUGGCGGAAACAGGUCUAAAAGAGGAGGACGUAUAUCGCAAUGGCCCUCAAGCGGAAGGUUUCCAAGACGCCAUCUUUAAAGUUGCCACCCGGGCCCAUGACCAUCUUAUUACCGCAAGGGAGAUGUUGAAAAACCUCCAGGCGGGACAGCAUCCGGGCCACGAAUAUGAGCACCAUGGCGAGGAGCAACACGAUUACCCGUUGGUAACUGUUGAAGACGAUGACACAAAACGAAACCUCCGUCGGGGAUUCGGCGUCCUAAUGGAGGGUGUCCCGGUCGGCGAUUACUUGACAAGGCUUGAAGCUCAAAACUUCGACCCUUUUAUGGUGAAAAGUAGCUGGAAGCUACCAUGGCGAUUAUGGAGGGCAGCCAAAACCCAGCAAAUAUGA